CACUCGAGACGCCAUCGAGACUUCACGACCGCCUCUACGGACACGACGACGGCCAUCUUGGAAAAUUCUCAAGAUUUCUUCGCGUCUCCAACAUCAAUAAAAAGCAACGAAGAGCCGCCCAAUCGAAAUCCCUGCUUGGAGAAGUACUGUGGGGCGGGCAGGGAGUGUCAGGUGUCGCCGGACGGUGGAGUAGCCCUUUGCGUCUGUGCCAGAAGAUGUGCUCGCAGACACAGACCCGUUUGCGGCAGCGACGGCAAAGUCUACGCCAACCAUUGCGAGCUGCACAGAUCGGCCUGCAAUUCGGGCUCACCUCUCACGGCUAGCAGACUUAUGCGGUGCUUGCAUCGAGAAGAUCACCACGGUACCCCAAAAGUUCUUCCAAUCAGAGAAACCGACUUGCCGAAUUCUAAGAAACCUAACAAAUCGCCAACGGAACACAAGGAUUCUGUCAAGGAUAAUCUCGUCGAGGCCGAUAGCUACGACUUGGAGGACUGUUCGGCUCAGGAAUAUGAAAUCAUGAAGGACAACCUCCUGUUGUACAAUCACGCCAGGUUAAUGGCACAGGACAAUCACAGCAAGGAGUACCUCGUCAGCAUCAUGUUUUCUCACUACGAUCAGAACAACAAUGGCAAUCUGGAACGCGAAGAACUCGAACAGAUCGCAGAACGGGAGGAUCUGGAACAGCUGAGCAGAGGUUGCUCUUUGGGCCAUAUGAUCAGCUACGACGACGCCGACAAAGAUGGCCGCCUGAACAUUAAUGAGUUCUACAUGGCUUUCAGCAAACUCUACAGCGUUUCCGUGGUGUCCCUGGAUAAAUCCUUGGAAAUCAACCACAUAUCAGCGAGAGUGGGAGACAACGUGGAGAUCAAAUGCGACGUGACUGGCACACCACCGCCACCUCUGGUCUGGCGCCGCAACGACGCCGAUCUCGAGGCUCUCUCCGAACAAGAGCUUCUCCCACAGAUCCGAGUGUUCAACGACGGAAGUCUUUAUCUAACCAGGGUGCAACUGGUGCAUGCUGGGAAUUACACUUGCCACGCACUCAGGAAUAAGGACGUGGUCCAAACUCACGUCCUCACCGUACACACGAUCCCCGAGGUCAGAGUCACUCCGAGACUUCAAUCCAAGCGACCUGGAGAGGAAGCUACCAUGUGCUGCCACGUGGUCGGGGAACCACUCCCACGCGUCGAGUGGCUGAAAAAUGACGAGCCUUUGCACGACAAAGAGAACAAGUACGAAGUAGUCGGAAACGGUACUAGACUAGUCGUCAGAAACAUCGAUUACGCCGACACGGGAGCAUACAUGUGUCAGGCUACCAGCAUCGGAGGACUCACCAGAGACAUCAGUAGCCUCGUCGUUCAGGAGCAACCGACUCCAACAGCUGCCAACGAAGAACGUAGAUUCUUCUCUUUUCAUGAUUGGGGCAUUUCCGUGUAUGAACCGUCUGCUUGCCGACUCUACCACCAGAUACAAUCUACGGACAUCAUACCAGGAACACAGGAAUACGUGUGCGGCGAAAAAGGAACUCCGUGCAGCUGGGGUAGAGCCAUCAACGUGGCGAAUCGUUACGUUUACGUCACGCAACCGGAAAAGGAUCGCAUUCUGGUGAUCAGCAAAAUCCAGAUGGUGGUAGUCGAUGUGGUCGUCACGGACAAAUAUCCUGUGGAGCUGCAGUACGUUGCCUCGCUGGACCAAGUAUGGGUCCUUAAUUGGAGAAGCGAAAGGGACCUCGGUAUAAAGACCGUCCAGGUGAUCAGGGAUGCGGCCCAGAAGAGAAAACAUCAUACGGUACACCCAGAACCCAUCGAUGGCCAAUUCGACCUCGUCAGGGGCUUGUACAUCCCCCAGCGACAGGAUAUCGGUCACAUGUUCAAAUAUGGAUACGUAACACACACCAAUCAACGCGGCAUGUACAAGUUGGACCUGGCGAACAUGAGAUACACGCGCAGUGCGGAUCUGGCACCAUACAACUGCGUCCCGGCGUACAUACAAUUCCCAGCACUCUAUGGUUUCGUGAUACUGCAAUGCGAGGAGCCGAUCUCGGGGAGACCGACCGGUCAGCUACUUCUGGAUUAUCUUACGGACACCGUCCUGGCCCACAAACCGACCCUCGUGGGCAGGCCGAUGGUCUCGCCCGAUUCCAGACAUCUCGUUACUCUGGACCGCCAACAGAACGGAGUCAUCCUCGUUGUCCAGGAAAUAUUACCCAACGGUCUAAGAUUCGCAUUCGACGUGAAGACGACCCUGAACAUCAGCGACAUGACGUUCUACCCUUCCCAAACGACGCACGGCUACGACCUAUACGCCUCGUCGAUCGACAAAGAAGACAUCCUCUUCUUGAACCUGGCGACCGGAAAAGUCGAAAUGAUCACGGGAGUGGGCAAAGCCAUGUCGCCUAGCCUGACGAAAUGGGGCAACCCCAACAGGCCCAUCGUCCAGAGCGGGAUUUUCGGCCGGUACAUGGUGAGUCCCUCGAGCGAAGCCCUCUUCGUCCUGAACGGCGAGACGAGAACGGUGAACUGUGAAAUCGGUGGCCUGGUCCAUCCAGGGGCGAUAGUGUGGUUCACCGUGUCCCUGCAUUAAUCGAAAUUGAUCGGCUCAUCGGAUCAUUGGAUCAUCGGCAGAGAUAACUCGCACCGAGGACCCGUUCCGGGCGACCGGAGGGUUCGCCUCCAGGACUCGACUCGUCGCCGAGCGGAGCUUCCUGUAAUCGGAGAACGUUAGCACCGAUUGGAAAAGUAUCUAGUCUAGUCUGGAGCACGCAUCGCGUCAGGCGACAACCCUCGGAUCUCGUUUUUGUACCCCAAAUGGUAGGAAAGCGGUACCACUGGGAGACAUCGAUGCCCUCCCAACCUGCACAGGCGAUGUCGUAUCCGCAGGGGAGGCAUUCGUGUCCGCCAUUGUACCAGGCAGUGGACGAGUCGAGGGCCGAUUUAUUUUCUAGUCAAAUCUCGGGGCGACCCUGAGUCGACCCGCGAGGUCGUCGGUGGAAGUUCGUAGAACGAUUAGUGGAACGGUACCGGAAGGCGACCGACCGUAGACGACAGUGCUCGAUUCCUGAUACCUCCGGGACGUUUGCGCCUUCGUCCAAGAGGCCACUGCCGAGUUAACGACCGCAUUAGAGUAAAUGUUUAUAACCGCGAGGAACUCGCCGGCGCCGGCCGCGAUGACGCCAGGACGGACCAAGUGCAGGAGUUCGUCGAGACCAGGCCGAAGACGCGGAGAGGAGAGGUCGUCCUACCGUGAAAUAUUUUUGGUAAUGACACGUGCUGGACGAGACACCAGACUCCUCGUCAGGAAAGGAACCUCGAAGUAGAUGUCCACCCACCCGAUCGGAUUCACCUUCGCCGCCUCCACCCACCCGGAAGAACGCCACCGUUCACCCUCGCGAGCACUCGACCUUACGAUAUAUAUCAUUUUCAUACUAAUCUAUAAGAGACCCACCGUACACAAUAACUAGGGAUAAAGGAAUAUUAUUACGAUAUAUUUAUAAAUAUAUAUAAAGAUGUUUGAGUAUAGCAUUUUUAUGGAGAACCGCCUCUUCGAGGGGAGGAACUUUUAUCAUUAUCUCGUUCCAUCGUCGCGUCUCGACGCUCGACGACGGCAAAAUGUGGCGAGCGACGUAGCCGAGAAAGUUUACCGAUCGACCGAUCAAUCACGAAGGAUGAGAAUCGAUUCCUGGGCUAGUUGUUAGAAACGUUACAUUCAAUUCUUGCUUAUCGUGGAACGCUUUGAGCCAUAUUUCUGCGCUUGGACACGGAUUUGUUUAAAGUCUCUUGACAUAAUCGUCACGUUCCUCGCUUCGAGUUUGCAAUUAAAUAAAUCCCGAUGAUACCCCGGUGAACUUCACCGAUUUUCUUGAUUCUGAUAUAUGUUGUAGUAGAUCGAAAAGUAAGACAUUUACCUUUUUUAUACGUGUUAAUUUUCGAAUUUAGGAGGCCAACAUUAAUUUCCACAGUUUUUUCACACCUUCUCGUAAACGGAAUUGAAUAUGAUAUACUCUUGGAAGCGGUGAUUAAAUUAAACAAGUUGCAGGUGGUCCCGAUAAACAUUUUUCUAUUUGAUGUCGAGGUGUCAAGAAACUUUUUGGGAGUUAACUUUUGGAGUAGUUUUCGCCCUUUAAAGUCGGGAUUUAACAUAUAUCAAAGAAUUCGUGUAAAAGAAUACCUUCCAGGAAUAUAUCAUAUUCUUAGAAGCGCUGACUAAAUUGAAAAAAUUGCAGGCAAUCCUGAUAAACAUUUUCCUAUUUGAUGUCGAGAAGGUAUCAAGAAAUUUUUUAAGAGUUAACUAUUGGAGUAGUUUUCACCCUUUGAACUCGGGAGUUACAUAUAUAAAAGAAUACGUGUAUACGUGUAACAUGUAUAAAAGAAUACCUUCCAAGAAUAUAUCAUAUUCUUGGAAGCGUUGAUUAAAUUGAACAAAUUGUAGGUGGUCCCGAUAAACAUUUUCCUAUUUGAAG